AUGGCGACUUUGCAUUCUCCACGCGCAAAAGAUACUUAUAAAAAUCGAGGUACUCGACGAUCAGUUAUUUCCGAUGGACGUCGUGUGUCAACAGUAAAAUCAAGUGGACGUAGCAUAAGUCGAAUAAAUGUUUCAGAUGAAAUUCAUGAAAGUGUUGUUUUCAUUUGGUUCGAUCCACAUCAACUUUUGAACAUACAUCUUAUUGGACCACUUCGAGUAAUUAAUGCUGGCGUUCAAACUUUUACUGAACCGUUGACUUGUUUUGAUACAAUAAGAUCUUCAAAAGAAAAAAUCUUUUUCAUUAGUUCAUCAUGUAAUAAUGAAUUGAUUGCCACUGUACAUGAUUUUAAUGCUGUUGAAGCAAUUUUUAUAUUUGAUCCGAAUGGUGAAAAUAUUAAAGGUGAUUUUCCAAAACUUUUUGGCAUAUUUAAUCAACAAGAAGAAUUACUUCGUAUACUUAAAGAAGUACUUAAUACGUUUGAAGAAAUACAACUUGAAGAAUUUGCAUUUGAACAAGAUGAUGUAUUUCUUUGGUCACAAUUGUGGAAAGAAGAUUUAAUAAGUCGAAAAGUAUCAUCAAAUAAGCAAAAUCUUAUUGAAAUAGCUCGACAAUAUUAUCGAGACAAUAUUCGAAUAAUGGAAAUUAUUGAAGAAUUCGAAAAAUCCUAUCGAUCUGCUGAUGUCAUCAAUUGGUGUUUUCGUUCUCCAUUUCCUACACGUCUUCUUCUUCAUGCACUUCGUUCUCACAAUAAAGGACAACUUAGUAUCUGUCGAUUUCUAUUCGCUGAUGCAUCACGCUUUUUUCAACAACGUCCUAAACAUAAAUCUAGUGACCAAGUUUAUCGUGGUAUGAAAUUAUCAAGUGAAAUUCUUGAUAAAUUUGAAGCUCAUGUUGGUCAAGUUAUUUGUACAAGUGGAUUUUUUCCUUGUACUAAAUCAAGAACAAAUGCAUUGACACUCGCUUCAUUACCAACAUAUCGUCCUGAUCUUCUAUCUGUUUUAUUUAAAAUUGAUUGUGAUGCAUCAGCUUUAUUUACUGAAUUAUCAAAUAAACAAUCAACGUCAUUGAUUGUAUUUGAUAUUUGUAUAACAUUUCGUAUUGUUUAUGUUCAUCGUGGUCAAAUGUCAAUUGUAAAAUUGAAAACUGCAGGUGAAGCUGGUAAGAAAAUAGCUUUAGAAUAUUUAGAAAAGCAUCCAAAUGAAACAAUACCAACAUUAAUUAAUGAAAUUUUGAAACCUUCUGAACCACCACCUCCUCCUCCUCCUCCUCCAACUAGAACACCAACACCACCUCCCAAACCAAAAUCAGCCUUAGUUCAUAUCAAAGAUUCAAUAGAUUCAGCGAUGACUGCUGAGGAAAUAAAGGCACAAAAAUAUGCUGAACAAGGAGACAUUGAUAUGGCUCUAAUAACUUAUCAACGCAUUCAACCUGCUACAGUUCGUGUGCUCAAUGCAAUGGGUCAAUUGUCUGCCAAUAGAAAGGGUGAUUAUGAGUAUGCUUUACAAUGUCAUCAACAAGCGCUUAAACUUCAAGAAAUGUCUGGCGAAGAUGUUUCUGAUACUCUUACUUAUCUUGGAAAUGUUUAUCAAAGCCACAGUGAAGUUGAUCUGGCUUUAGACUAUCAUACACGUGCACUUGAAUUGCAUCAAGCUAAUCCAACAACUAAAUCAAUUGCAAUCGCCUCUAAUCUAAUUGGAAUCGCUAAUGCUCGUUGGGUUCGUCGUGAAUAUUCUGACGCAAUUGCUAAUGCUGAACAAGCACUAGCUUUACAAGAAGCUCUUGUACCUCCGAAUGAAACAAGUAUGGCUACCACUCUAACUUUGCUAAGUAACAUCUAUCAAGAUUCUGGCGACAGUACUCGUGCUCUUGAUCUUUGUACAAAAGCACUGCCCCUUUUUGAACGUACCGUACCCAAUGAUUCACCUAUAUUAGCUGAAUUUCUUUACAAGCUAGGCACACUACAGGCAAAUUCAGGAGCGUUAGUUGAUGCACAACGAAGUUUAGAACGAUCGUAUAAAAUUUAUCGAAAACUUCUACCUAGAGGACAUCAUGAUCGUAUGUCAACAGAAAAUGAACUUCGACGUGUUAUACAAUUACGUCAAAAGAACAAACAAAAGUCACAAACAAAUUCAUGA